AUGGAUGACAGCUGGCCAAAAAUCGAUCGAACAACAAUUGCAGCAUCAGUUCCAGAGUCUCCGAUGAAUUUUGACGAGAAACCGCCGUUCAACAGAACCAUCAACGUAUAUCCUCUCACAAACUAUACUUUCGGAACAAAAGAUGCUCAAGCUGAGAAGGAUAAAUCCGUUCCUGAAAGGUUCAAGAGAAUGAAAGACGAGUACGAAGUGGUUGGAAUGCGGCGUUCUGUGGAAGCAGUAUUGAUCGUUCAUGAACAUUCACUCCCACAUAUUCUGCUUCUUCAAAUAGGAACAACAUUCUAUAAAUUGCCUGGUGGUGAAUUGGAAAUCGGCGAAGACGAAAUUUCCGGAGUUACACGUCUCCUGAACGAUACACUUGGAAGAACAGACGGAGAGUCAAAUGAGUGGACCAUCGAGGAUGAAAUAGGAAACUGGUGGCGCCCAAACUUUGAUCCUCCACGUUACCCAUAUAUUCCUGCACAUGUGACGAAACCCAAAGAACACACCAAACUAUUGCUUGUUCAGCUCCCUGCAAAAUCCACGUUCUGCGUUCCGAAAAAUUUCAAGCUGGUUGCUGCACCAUUGUUUGAGCUUUAUGACAACGCUGCUGCAUAUGGACCCCUGAUUUCAUCGCUUCCAACUACACUUUCGAGAUUCAACUUUAUCUUCAAUGACUCGAACUAA